AGUGUUUAUUUCUCUGAGCGGCAGCGGUAGUGAACGAAUUUAAGAGGAAAAAUUUGGACUUUUAACUGUGAACUCAUUUAAGUGCGAGUUUCUCGCGAAGAGCGAAACGGUUAAAUGUGUCUGGACCGUCCUGUGUUCGUGGGAAAGUGAAGUGGAGAGUAACAUUAAAAAGAAAGUAGUUUAACUAAAAUAGCGUUUCCUCACAAAGCUCGGACCGCAAGAAUCCAGACCACAGCGGAGCUCCGGCAGAAACACUGGCGCGCAGACACGGUUCCGCUCCCGACGCUGCGGAGAGCGAGAGCUGCUCAGAAUAAUGCAGAGAAAAAGAAACGGCACUUAUAACACCUCCCAGAAAACAGCAUGCAGGCAGAAUCCGUAAUGAGGUGCAGCAGUUUAACACGGGGCUCUAAAAUGGUUUUUCUCGCUUCGUUUACCUGAAGCGCGCGGCUGAUGGAGGCUGAAUGAAGCUGCAGCUGUAAACUCAAAGAAACUCUCACAGGCUAAAAGUAACUUCGCACAAACAGGCUGGGCUGCUACGCGUGAAGGAGGUGGAAAGGGGCGCGCAAAGACGGUUAAAACGUGCACGCGAGCGCCACGCGGGGUGCUGAGCAGGUGAAGGCGGCGGCGCUGCUGCCCACGCACUCCGGUCCGCUCACUCCGCGAGGAAACUGCUGCUGUUUUACUACUUUCUCCUUCCUGCUUCAGCCAUGUGGUUCAUCAACCUCAUCCUUCUCGUGCUGAAGCUCUCCGUGUCGGCUGAGGGCUUCUCCACCUGCCAGUCGUAUGACCUGGACGAGCACAAGUCGAAGCGCAUAGAGGCGGUGCGCGGGCAGAUCCUCAGCAAGCUGCGCAUCCGCUCGCCCCCGGACCCCGCGAGCGCCCCGCAGCCGGACGCCGUGCCUAUGGAGGUCAUGCUGCUCUACAACAGCACGAAGGAGCUGCUUAAGGAGCGCGCGCGCCACGCCGAGGCCGCCUGCGACCGCGAGAGCAGCGAGGAGGACUAUUAUGCCAAGGAGGUGCAACGCGUGGACAUGCUGCCCCAGCGCGCGGACAACAACGCGAUAAACCCGCAGCCCCUCAAUCCGUACUUCAGAGUGGUUCGGUUUGACGUCACCAACGUGGAGAGAAACUCCAGCACGCUCGUGAAGGCAGAGUUCCGCAUCUUCAGGGUGCAGAACGCGCGAGCGCGCGCCACCGAGCAGCGCGUGGAAAUCUACCAGAUUCUAAAGUCUGAUGAAGUCACAGGCCCCUCUCAGAGGUAUAUAGACUCAAGAACAGUGCAGCCACAGGCCAAGGGGGCGUGGCUGUCUGUGGAUGUCACUGAGACAGUGAAGGAAUGGAUGGCUUUCAGAGAGAGGAACCUGGGUCUAAAGCUCAGCGUUCAUUGUCCUUGCUGCACAUUUGUGCCAUCCACAAACAAUAUCGUGCCCAACAAGAGUGAAGAACUAGAAGCUCGAUUUGCAGGUGUUGAUGACGACCUGAUUCGACAGAACAGGAGGCCGGGAGCGACCAAAGGCCAGAUAGAGUUCAGUACUAAAACACCACACCUCAUACUGACCCUGCUGCCCACUGAUCGUUUGGACAACCCCGCUAAAAAGAAUCGCAAGAAGAGGGCAGCUGCCGACACCACAACGUGCUCAAGGAAUGCAGAUCAAAGCUGCUGUUUGAGGUCUCUAUAUAUUGACUUCCGUCGGGACUUAAACUGGAAAUGGAUCCAUGAGCCAAAAGGAUAUCGAGCAAACUUCUGUGCUGGGAACUGUCCUUACUUGUGGAGUGCAGACAAUCACUACAAUAUGAUUCUGCCGCUCUAUAAUAAAAUGAAUCCUGAGGCUUCAGCAUCUCCCUGCUGUGUACCCCAGGACCUGGAGCCCCUUACUAUCGUUUACUUCCUGGGCCGGACCCCUCGGGUGGAGCAGCUUUCCAACAUGGUGGUCAAAUCCUGCAAAUGCCGCUGAUUGCUAGAGGUACAUGAGUGAGGAUACUGAAGAGUCGAAGGGUUUGAGGUGGUGUGCGGGAGACGGGUGGAGAGGACGUGAUAGACAGGAUGGACAGUAUCUCUGGACACCAAGAAGAGCAAGUGAAUACAUCUGAGAUCUUGGUGUGCAUGCUGUUUCUCAGGUUUCACUCAUUUUGAGCUGAUUCAGAGACUUGCACAGCAUUACUUGAGAAAUACAAACUACGUUCAGGUGCAUAGUCAUAAUCAGUCUUAGCAAACUGUUUUUUAAUCAUAGUUAUCAUAGCUUGAGUAAAAAAUAAAGCAUUCAGGAGGUGGUGGUCAGAAAAAACACCAAGCAUUUUUUCUUCUGUGCUGCUUGUAUAGAGUGUGGACAUAGUUGUGCAAGAGCAGUUUACUGUAGAGCAGUUUAUAUUUUUGAUUACAGCAAGUGUAAAUAUUUUUCCCAGUCAGGUAAGGGUUGUAUAUGUUUAUGUACCAAAUAAAAAUAAAAUGUGAUUACAUAA